ACCAUGAACACCGAUGAAGUUUUAGAAAUUAAAAGAACGUGGGACAUUCCCUCGGCAACGCCCACAGAAUCUGGAACAGCGAUUCUAAUGUUGUUUUUCAAAAGAUAUCCGUCCAAUUUAGAAAAGUUUUCAGCGUUUAAGGAUCUGCCAUUAGAAGAAUUAAGUACCAAUGCCCGCUUCAAAGCCCACGCUAACCGAAUCAUGAAGGUAUUCGAUGAAUCGAUACAAAUGUUGGGACAUGAUUGGGCGGGGCCUAAACUAGAGGAAACCUGGUCGAAAAUCGCCACAUCCCAUUUUAAUCGGCAAAUUGAGAAACAGUCUUUUAAUGAAUUGAAGGAAGUAAUUCUAGAAGUUCUAACAGCGGCCUGUAAUUUAAAUGAAAAACAAAUACAAGCCUGGACAAAACUAAUGGAUAUUGUCUAUGGUAUUAUUUUCAACAGUUUGGAUAAAUUGGAAAAUGGUGAACAAUAAAA